UCUUCCUUACUUUACGAAAGUCGAUUUUUGUCUGAACCCUAAUUUUCGAAACGUAAGAGUCCCCAAAGCGGCGACCACUUUCAAUUGGCUCGCGACCACACUCAAUUGGCUCCUCUCUGGUUUCAACUCUCGACGAUUUGCAAUUGUCUAUUCUCUGUUCGCCAAGCCAAACCUUCAUCAAUAUCCGCAGACAAAUGACAGAUAACGACGACACUCUCCGGCCAGAUUCCUAUCGUCUCUUUGCUACAGACAGCUAUCCCAGGAAACGCUUGAACAUAUACUCAAAACCAGAAAUCAUCUGUCGUCUUACACAAGAUUCUACGAGGCUAUCAGAGCAUCUUGUUUUGGUGGUCUUUUCGAUAUACAAGCCGCUGUAUCGUGCGAGAUGAUCCACAACCUCUCUCUCGGCAACUCUUAUGCAGCCAACAGUACACAUUGUGGCCUGUCGUCAGCGGCAAUCCUUUCUGUUUCUCAAUUGCAGAAUUCCAAGUGGUUACCGGUCUCCCCUGCGCCCCCCUACCUGAGAAAUAUGUUUCACCAGACUUCAAGUUCAUGAACCCUGCAAAGGAUCCAUGCUGGAAGCGAAUUAUAGGUAAUGACUCACACAUCACAAUUUCAGAGCUUGGAGAUAUGCUAGAGAAUGACCCCCUCAUGCCUUAUGAGAGAAGGCUACAGCUUGCGCUUAUAAUGAUCGUAGACGGUGUCCUUUACUUUUUGUGCUUUGGUUGUUUUCUUUUUUACUUUGAUGAUUUAAACAAAACCGAAAAAGACAAUUUCCCAAAUAUGUUCCCAAUUCAUGAACCCUAAUCUCUGCCUUUUUCUGAAUCUUGUCUGGUUGCAAUUCCUUGUCAUUUUCUCACCCUAAUCCAUUUCGGUCCUCCACUCCGUGAAUCAAAAUCAUUUUCUUCUCCAAAAUUGUUUGUUUCGUGGCCGUCGUCUUUGAGCCACCCUCAAACAAGGCUCCACAAACGCACCUGCUCCACAUGAGCAACAGAAUAUGACAUGCUAAGUUAGUUAGUUUAUUUUUUGGUUAAUUUGGGAACGCUUUGUUACAACAACUGUUCGCUUCGCUUAAGCAAUUUCAGUCAAGAUCAUUGGAUUCAAAUGAUUUUGGUCCAAAAAAAUCUCUAUCUCUUUUCUUUGAUUGUAAUUGGCAAAUCUGUAGUAACUACCCAAACAUUGGAAUUUUUUUCCAGACUUGUCAUUGUGGAUGUGUUGGAGCUAUCACAUCACCAAGAAGCCUCGUGAAACCACGCAAGGAAGAAAGCUGUGGAUGAACGAUUUUAGUGGAGCAAGAAAGAGUAAAGAUAUGUUGAUGCCGUGGAAGAAGUUAGAUGCUAAUGAGUUUGGUAUACAGAGGUCCUCGAUCUCUGAAUCUACACGUAUGGUUGCCAAUAAGCUCAGGAAAAGAGCAUAUCGUGGCGUAUAUGAACGUCCUCAUUAAAAGGUCCAUGCGAGAGCCUACUCCAUUCUGGUCCAAGCGGAUUGCCUUCGUUGACGUUUGGUGGCAAAGUUUUUUGAUUCACGAUUACGCUCAGUUCAAGAUGAAACCCACAAUGUUCAUGUUCAAAGGCAAUGGUUAUGAAGAUAUGGUAAAUGGUAGGAUUCCCGAUCAUUGUCGAACAAACUUGAAGUGGUAUGAAGAUGUGGAUCACUUGUACGGAUGUCUUCAAACCGGUGGAAAUCACUGGGUUACGUAUCACGUGGAUCUGAAGAAGGAGAAGAUUAAUUGCUACGAUCCAAUCUUUGGAGAUGUAACACUCGAAAGUGAGCAAAGAAUUCUGAAUUCAUUUAAACCGCUGACGCACAUGAUUCCCGCUAUGUUGAGUGUACAUAUUUCUGCCAAUAUCCAACCCAUUAGCAGGAAGAGGAGCAAAAGGUACACUCCACAAAACACCCAGGUUGGCGAUUGUGGGGUGUAUUCGUUGAAGUUUGUGGAGUGUCUAGCGCUUGGUGUAACGUUUGAUGGGAUAAACGAUCAAAAUAUUCAAGGUUUACGGAUGAAGAUGGCAGCAGAUAUCCUCGCUGAAGGAGCAAAUGUUGUGACAGACCAAAUGAUGGCUAAUUGAACAUGUGUUGUUAUGAAGUACUUGACUUAUGUUGUUGUUGUUUUAUGAUGAACUUAUGUUGUUAUUUUGUACUUGACUUAUGUUGUUAUUAAG